AUGACGCCACCGUCCUCAGUCGUGCAAGGUGCGGACACAGCGCCGCCCACGACUUCGUCGUUGAAGCCGAGAGCCGAACAACGUACCCCAGCUUAUCAGGAACCGAUGCAGCAUGUCAUCACGAUUGAACAUGGCGACAACCGCCGCAGCUGGCGUACGAUUCAUGAGCACGUCCUAUGCAGUCACAGUCAGUAUAUGCAACAGACUUCUGCCAGGGCGGAACAACUGCGCGAGAAGUACGACAGUUGCAGCGAUAUCCUGGACAAGAUUGAGUUAAUUGUGCACCUCACCCUGGAAGAGUUUGAGGCGAAGAAGGUUAAAGUAAAGCUCCUAUCGCUGGUGGACAACAUUGAGAAGUACCCUCUUCAAGAAUAUCAAAAGAGGCUCGAUAAGGUCAUCGGCGAAGCCUUGGAUCAACAGUUCACGAACAAGAACACCCUGCAAUCAGAAGACCGGCCAAAGACUUUAAAGAACUUCCAAGCUCUGUGCUUGAAGAACCGACUCUCUUUUCUCGACGCUGAAGGAGCUUUGGAUGUUGCCCACGCAAUCUGUGCGCAGCUCCAGAAAAUCAAAGGUACGGAGGGUCAGAAGGCCAGGAACAAUGUCCACAAAGCCUGGGCACAGGGUCGGCUUCUGCUCCGCGAGGCUACCGAGAACAGCGUCCUGUUGCUUGUGGAGUGGGCAUAUCUUCCUAACCUUCCCGAUGUUGAUGCCGAGCAACUAUACGAUCUUUGGCGCCUCGCUAGGCGUCUCAAGAUCGUUGCGCUCGCUGAAGAGUGCGUUGACCAGCUUUUCAAAAUCACUUUCAACAGUAUCCAAGACGCUCUUCUAGACGGUGUGCCUCUUCGUCGUCUGCUUGGCUUGACUAGUGAUCCCCAUACGCCAGACCAGCCCGGUUCAACGGACGAAACAGUGACCUUCGUGUUCCACCAUGUCCUCAAGGACGACAAACCACCUGCAAAGCUGUCAGAUCUUGUCAUCGAGACCAUGGCCAAGAGCAUGGAUCUAGAGCUCUGGUCGCAGAUCCAACCAGAAGUGAACCACAACACUGCCCGCAAGUUGAUCGAAGCAAUGGUGGCCUUCAGAGAAGUCAAGACCGAGCAGAACAUCAGCGAGACCGGCAGCGUCAAGCAUGAGGGCCAGCUCAGAAUCGGCGGUGCUUGA